AUGACCAGUCCGUUGCGGAGUAGUAUCGCUGCUGCCGUAACAGAGAGUGUGAAUCAGAAAGAGGAAUGGAAGGAGCAUAAGUACAGGCUGGACUUCUGUAGUCCUGCACUCUUUCAUCUAUCACCGCUACCAUCAUCAUCAUCAUCAUCAUCGAAAGCUGCUUCAUUACUCCCCACAGCCAGAGAAAGUCGUCAAACCCGAUCCUCUUCAGCCAUCAUCUACUUGCCUGCCUUCCACCCCUCUCCCAAGAGCCCGCCACCAUCUCCAGAACCACACGCCAAGCGACCCGCUUCCGCAAUGCCAGGAAUCAUUCUCGCAACAGAAUCGUGGGAGUGCCACAAGUGCACCUUCACCAACUCGUACGGUGACUAUCCGGACGAGGAUAAGGAGUGGAAGAAAGAGGUACCCGACUUGAGAUGCGGCGGAACCCAAAUGUGUGCCGGCAGUAACGCCCAUAUCCGAUGCGGCAAGUGCUUCAACGUGCUCUCGGAUGGCAGCAUAGACUACCACUGCGACGGCACGAAGGUCAUCAAAUUGAACGACGUCGGCUUGAGUCUUCGGGAGGAGGGGUAG